AUAGUAAACAGCAAUUAUUAAAAUUGCAAAUUCGUUAGUAGGGACUAAUGCAGUGUUAAGAGGGGAUGUAGCAAGUAUACAGUAUAUCGUGUGAUUGAAUGCAUCAACAGACCUUAUUUCAACAUGUGGCUACGGAGUUUUUAUUAUGUAUUGCCUACUGUGUUGAUCGUUCAAUUCUUUACUUUUGGAAUAUGCGUUGAAGACAGCUGGUUUGGAAACAACCAACAGUUUUUUUGUCGAUGUACCGACAACAAAUGUUUACCUGAUGGAACUUGUGCUGAUGGUGCCAGAUGUUUAAGUGAAUGGUUUGGUCCGUCUUGUCAAUAUCAGAAUCUCGUAGCAGUUUAUACAGCUAAAAUACAACCAUACAACGCUUUAAAAUUGACAACAGAUGACAGUGUAUGUAACUUCAACCCCAGCACCACACAAAUUGAAGUUACUUGGAAUGUUUCUUAUUCGUUUACAUUUAUAUGGCUGUAUUUUAACACACGUAUAAAUAAAGAAAAUCUAACAACAGCUUUACAAAUAAAUAAUAGAAGCAUGGAACUUGGGCAUAUAUUAAUAUUAAGCGAUACGACGGCAGAAGUACGUGAUCCAAGGAUAACGACAUUAAAACAAAUCAGGUUUUCUGGUGAUAUCUAUUAUCAACUUUGCUCAAUCUAUGUUAAUGGAGUUGCAGGUACCUGGUUUGGCAGCAACCAACAGUUUCUGUGUCGAUGUACCGACAACAAAUGUUUACCUAAUGGAACUUGUGCUGAUGGUGCCAGUUGUUUAAGUGAAUGGUUUGGUCCGUCUUGUCAAUAUCAGAAUCUCGUUGCAGUUUAUACAGCUAAAAUACAACCAAACAACGCUUUAAAAUUUACAACAGAUGACAGUCAAUGUAACGUCAACCCCAGCACCACACAAAUUGAAGUUACUUGGAAUGUUUCUUAUUCGUUUACAUUUGUAUGGCUGUAUUUUAACACACCUGUAAAUAUAAAGAAUCUAACAGCAGCUUUACUAAUUAAUGAUAGAAGCAUCGAUCUAAGGCAUAUUUUGACAUUAAGCAAAACAGCAGUAGAAAUACGCAAUCCAAGUAUUUCAACAUUCAACAACAUAAAGUUAACUGUUGAAAUAUACAGUCAGCUUUGCUCAAUCUAUGUUAAUGGCGGAAGAAAUCUGGCACUAAAACAAUCUACAUCUCAAGACAGCUAUUACGAUGAAACACGAACAUCAUUUAACGCCAUUGAUGGCAACAGGGAUCCUGAUUGGUAUACGGGAACAUGCAUCAGUAGUGUUCAAAAAUAUGAGUUUCACUACUGGACGGUGCAGUUUGAUCAACAAUACUUAGUCAACAGAUAUGUCUUGUUCAGUAGAUCGGAUUUCCCUUUCAGAAAAUUUUCACCGUGCUGCUUAGACCGUCUACAGCGCUUUGUUCUGAAGGGCAGGGAUGCCAGAGGCCAAACAGUGUUCAUUUAUCCAGAAAAUGGAACUGUAUCUCAGUUAAUCUACACUGUAACAUCUGAACAUUUACCAGUAUUCAAUGUAACAGUUGAACUGACUUAUGACAUUCUCAACUUCUGCGAAUUUGAAACUUAUGGGGACUCCAUCUGCCCACCCGGCAAAUUUGGCCUAGAAUGUAACAAAGACUGUCGAUGUAGAAAUGACGAGCCCUGCUUUACAGACACAGGAACUUGUUCUUCAGGAUGUGCUGCAGGUUAUACAGGGAUGGGAUGUCAGACACCAUGUAGCUCAGGAACAUGGGGAAUAAGUUGUAACAAGUCAUGCAGUUCACACUGCGCUGGAGAUAAAUCUUGUGAGCCAAUAAAGGGUACUUGCAACAGUGGUUGUGUUGAUGGGUAUAAUGGAGACAAGUGUGAUCAAGGUAACAAAAUUACAGGAAGCUGUACACAUAUUAUAUUCAGUAAACGUUCAGAAAUAAGAUGACAUUCUCAUGUAUUAAAUCAAUCUCUUCAUAUCCAAUACCAAAUUUGCGAUUUACGGUUUUACACAUAGAAAUUGAGUCCUAAUUAUUUACAAUUGUUUAGAGAACCACUAGAUUUAUGCGAUAAUAUAUCAAUCCACUUCAUCAACAAUUUAUUUCGUUUAGUUUGGGAAUGCGUCGCUUUCUUUUUGUUCUUUGAAUGUCAACAUGAUCAAUGGUAAGUAUUUCUUAUAAUAUUUAUAUAAAGCCUUUUACUGUUAAUCUUAAUAAAGAAUAAUUCAAUUAAGUAUAACGUAUGUUUGCUCAACUAGUUUGUUACAUUUUUUUUUGUAAAAUAAAAAAAAAACAUUCAAGAGGGGAAAACAAUAAAGCAAUGAGAUAAACAUUGUGGUCCCAUCACUUGUACUUUAAAUAGUGAAUUGUAUUAGGUUUUAAUAUUAGAUGGCUUUUGGGACUUCGUGCUUGAGUGGCAUUUCAUUUGGACUUUGCGGUAU